UAGGACGGGGCGGAAUUUGUUCGAUCGUUUCCUCAUUUCGUGCUUGUGACACACAUCGCCAGACAUCAACAGUGGAUUGUGUUAUAAUUCUUUUAAUUUUGCCUUUCUUUGAACAGUAACCCAUCUACAUCACAUCUACGGUGAAAAUGGCAACCACAAUAAGUACGCAAAGAGGACAGGUGUAUGUCGGUGAAUUGCCUCAGGAUUUUUUGCGGAUCACACCGACUCAACAGCAGCAGCAGGUACAGUUAGAUGCUCAGGCUGCUCAACAGCUCCAGUAUGGAGGAUCUCUGGGAACAGGUGGACGUCUCAGUAUCACAGUUGUACAGGCAAAGCUUGCAAAGAACUAUGGUAUGACCCGCAUGGACCCUUACUGCAGGGUUCGGCUGGGAUACGCCGUCUAUGAGACGCCCACUGCUCACAACGGAGCAAAGAACCCACGCUGGAAUAAAGUGAUUCAGUGCACUGUCCCACCUGGAGUGGAUUCAUUCUACCUGGAGAUCUUUGAUGAGAGGGCUUUCUCCAUGGAUGAUCGCAUAGCCUGGACACACGUGACGAUCCCAGAGAACCUGAGGGAAGGCAGCGUGGUGGAUGAAUGGUUCAGUUUGAGCGGCAGACAGGGAGAUGAUAAAGAAGGCAUGAUUAAUCUUGUCAUGUCUUUUGCUUCAAUUCCAGCCGGAGUGAUGAUGCCAGCGCAGCCUGUGGUUCUGAUGCCUACAGUAUAUCAGCAGGGCGUUGGCUAUGUACCCAUAGCAGGUGUCCCUGGUAUUUACAACCAAGGUGUGGUACCCAUGGGAAUGCCCGCCGUGCCACCCGUUGCACCACAGAGCACACCUUGUAGUGAGGAGGACCUCAAAGCCCUUCAGGAUAUGUUCCCCAAUCUGGAUAAGGAGGUGAUUCGCACCGUCCUGGAGGCCCAACAGGGAAACAAGGACACUGCCAUAAACUACUUGCUUCAGAUGGCAGAGGAGCUUUAACUGAAGAAACUCUUAUUCUCUGAUCUGUACCACAUUAUACCAAAAAACAAUCCUCUCUUGUAAAUAUGCCCAUUUAUGUCUGUCGGCCCUUAAUCGUAGCAAGUAAAUGAAACACGUUUUAUUGUCUUUGUCAUUUAAAAUCAAGAGUGUUUUAAAGUUCUAAAGGGUGUAAGAUAAUUUUGUAAUGUGUCCUGUAAGAGCAGUAUAUUAUAUCUUUACUCUGGUGAUCUUAUAGAUGUUAUAAAGAGAUAUACUCUGUAUGAAUUUAGUACUAUAAGUCUAUGAAUAUAAUUUAUUUUAAAGAUUAUUAAAGAGCUCUGGGUAUG